CAUAAAUUCCCUAGAAAAUACAUUGUAGUAUAAAACAUAAAAUAAUUUUAAAAACCUAUAUAAACAAAUCAUAUAAAAACAUUUUUUAUAAAUAAAGCUUAAUGACGUUAUAUAAACCCCCAAAAUCUGGUCAUUAAAAAACACAACUUGUCCCACAAAAAACGAGCCCUCAUGAAGCUAUAUCCACGAACAAAUAAAAAAGGUUAUAGCGGUUAGAAUGACAAAACCUGUUUGAGCAAUAAGGCCUAAAUGGGAGAAUAAGAACAAUCGGGUGCCCAGAAGAAAUCUCUCUGCGUAGCCAGCUCUCAGAAUACUGCGUGUGCCCAAAACAAACAUGGCGCAUUCUGCUACUCGAACUCCGGCGGUCACGUGGUGUGGCGUAAUGGAGAAUGGCGGAAUUUGAAAAUCCCAGGCUCAGACGGCGGCCGGGAGGGAUCAUGUCGGAACUUGCUCCUCCCUCAGAAUGUCACCUUAUUGGUCGGUUGGAGGGGUGCGAAUGACGUCAUCAGCCCGCGCUCUCUCUCUUUCUGUGUCUCCGCCGCCUGCGAGUCUCCUCCAUCCCUGCGAGCUUCUGGUUGUGAAGAUGGACUGGCGCCCGGAUGAGGAAGGUUUACAGCAAGUCCUCCAGCUAUUAAAGGACUCUCAGUCACCGGACACAGCCACCCAGAGGAUCGUCCAGGAUAAACUGAAGCAGCUGAACCAAUAUCCAGACUUCAACAACUAUCUGAUCUUCGUGCUAACGCGGCUCAAGUCUGAAGAUGAGCCUACGCGCUCCCUUAGUGGUCUGAUCCUGAAGAACAAUGUAAAGGCCCAUUACCAGAGCUUCCCCCAGCCGGUGUCCGAGUUCAUAAAGAACGAGUGUCUGAACAGCAUCGGAGACGCGUCCUCCCUCAUACGAGCCACCAUCGGGAUCCUCAUCACCACCAUAGCAUCAAAGGGAGAGCUGCAGACCUGGCCCGAACUUCUACCUCAGCUCUGCAACCUGCUGAACUCCGAGGACUACAACACCUGUGAGGGAGCAUUCGGUGCCCUCCAGAAAAUCUGCGAGGAUUCCUCUGAACUCCUAGACAGCGAUGCUCUGAACAGACCGCUGAACAUCAUGAUCCCCAAAUUUCUCCAGUUUUUCAAGCACUGCAGCCCCAAAAUCAGGUCUCAUGCCAUCGCCUGUGUAAACCAGUUUAUUACGGACCGGGCCCAGGCUCUCAUGGAUAAUAUAGACACUUUCAUUGAGCACCUCUUUGCGCUUGCGGUGGAUGAAGACCCCGAGGUCCGCAAGAACGUGUGCCGGGCGCUGGUCAUGCUUCUGGAGGUGCGGAUAGACCGGCUACUUCCUCACAUGCACAGCAUUAUCCAGUACAUGCUGCAGAGGACGCAGGACAGUGAUGAAAAUGUGGCGCUGGAAGCCUGUGAGUUCUGGUUGACGCUGGCUGAUCAACCCAUCUGUAAGGACGCCCUGUCCAGUCACCUGCUGCAGCUCAUUCCCAUCCUGGUGAACGGAAUGAAAUAUAAUGAGAUAGACAUCAUCCUCUUGAAGGGUGACGUGGAGGAGGAUGAGACCGUCCCGGACAGUGAGCAGGACAUUAAGCCGCGGUUCCACAAGUCUCGCACUGUGACUCUGCAACACGAAGAAGAGCGAGUGGAAGGAGAGGAUGAUGGCGACGAUGAAGAUGAUGACGACGACACAUUGUCCGAUUGGAAUCUGAGGAAGUGUUCGGCCGCCGCCCUGGACGUCCUCGCCAACGUGUUCCGUGAAGAGCUGCUCCCUCACUUACUCCCGCUCCUCAAGGAUCUACUGUUCCACCAAGAAUGGGUCAUAAAGGAGUCCGGUAUCCUGGUGCUCGGGGCCAUUGCUGAAGGCUGUAUGCAGGGCAUGGUCCCCUACCUACCGGAGCUGAUUCCUCACCUCAUCCAGUGCCUCUCUGAUAAGAAGGCUUUAGUCCGCUCCAUCGCCUGCUGGACCCUGAGCCGAUACGCCCAUUGGGUGGUCAGCCAACCCCCUGACGUUUACCUAAAGCCCCUUAUGACUGAGCUACUGAAACGAAUUCUGGACAGCAACAAGCGGGUACAGGAGGCAGCGUGCAGCGCAUUUGCGACCCUGGAGGAAGAAGCCUGCACGGAGCUUGUACCAUAUUUAAGUUUUAUCCUGGACACUUUGGUUUUUGCCUUUGGAAAAUACCAGCACAAGAAUCUCCUCAUACUCUACGACGCCAUUGGGACCCUGGCGGAUUCCGUGGGCCACCAUUUAAACCAGCCGGAGUACAUUCAGAAGCUGAUGCCCCCUCUUAUCCAGAAGUGGAAUGAGCUGAAGGAUGAAGAUAAGGACCUUUUCCCACUUCUGGAGUGCUUGUCCUCAAUCGCGACCGCUCUGCAGAGCGGAUUCCUCCCUUACUGUGAGCCGGUAUAUCAGCGGUGCGUCACGUUGGUGCAAAAGACCCUCGCUCAAGCCAUGAUGUACAGUCAACAUCCGGACCAGUACGAAGCUCCCGAUAAAGAUUUCAUGAUCGUGGCCCUGGAUCUUCUCAGCGGGCUGGCGGAGGGGCUAGGUGGCAAUGUAGAGCAGUUAGUAGCCAGAAGUAACAUUAUGACCCUUCUGUUCCAGUGCAUGCAGGACAUCAUGCCCGAGGUUCGGCAGAGCUCCUUCGCUCUCCUGGGUGACCUGACAAAAGCUUGUUUCCUGCAUGUGAAGCCUUGUAUCUCCGAGUUUAUGCCGAUUCUUGGCACCAACCUAAACCCAGAGUUCAUCUCUGUCUGUAACAAUGCCACCUGGGCCAUCGGGGAGAUUUGCAUGCAGAUGGGGGCAGAGAUGCAGCCAUACGUUCCUAUGGUCUUAAACAACCUGGUAGAGAUCAUCAACCGGCCGAAUACGCCCAAGACUCUGCUUGAAAACACAGCGAUCACAAUUGGGCGCCUUGGCUGUGUAUGUCCCCAAGAGGUUGCUCCCAUGCUGCAGCAAUUUAUACGGCCCUGGUGCACGUCCCUACGUAACAUCCGCGACAAUGAGGAGAAGGACUCCGCCUUCAGGGGCAUCUGCAUAAUGAUUGGCGUGAAUCCUGGAGGAGUAGUACAGGAUUUCAUCUUUUUCUGUGACGCUGUUGCCUCCUGGGUGAGCCCUAAAGACGAUCUGAGAGACAUGUUCUAUAAGAUUUUGCACGGUUUUAAGGAACAAGUUGGGGAGGAUAAUUGGAAUCAGUUUUCGGAGCAGUUUCCUCCUCUGUUGAAGGAGCGUUUGGCUGCGUUCUAUGGGGUGUAAUGUGAUGGAGGGCAAAUCUACACAUACCCAGCGUGGGAGGUCCAUGAGGUCAUUGGGGAGAUUGGUGUCCUACACCCCACUCAUCCAGUCUUUAGCCUGGUUUCAGGGAACAGCGUCCUGGGUCAGUGACAUCCCUCCAUUCCAGACUCCUUCCACCCGACUCCCAAGACACCUCAGAGGAGAACAGGAGGAUGCCAACACUACGCCACCCUCACACCCUCGGAGACCUUCUUCUUUUUUUUAUUUUAUAGUAACUGAGCAUGAGGGGGGGGAAGUUGUCUUAGGAUUGUUAACCCUUGUAGGGUGGGGGGGAGGAGCUGGUCCCACGUCAGGAUUUCAUACCGGGCAGGGAAGGAGGGUUAGACUAUAUAGAGUGGGAGGGAGGAGGGGAAUCUACAGCUAUAGAGACAUCGGACUGUUCCCCUACAGUUCGGAGCAGGUUAGGGUCAUACAAAAAUAAUAAUAAUAAAAAAGGCAAAAAAAAUAAAA